GAUGGCCGCGCGAGCUAUUUGGCAGCGUCGGGACAGUCACACCGAGUACAAGUAGGGCGAGAGAGAGAGCGAGAGAGGAAGUAAGAGAGAGCGUGAGGGAGGUGAAGGAAGGGAAAGAAAGGGAAGAGAGGAGGAAGAGGAGGAGGAGGAACGGGGACUUAAGGAAGUGGAGCUAUGUCGGGAGGAAUUGCGCGGGGUCGACUUGCGGAGGAGCGCAAGGCCUGGCGGAAGAAUCAUCCUCAUGGGUUUGUGGCUAGGCCUGAGACAUGUGCAGAUGGAGCUCUUAAUUUGAUGGUUUGGCAGUGUACUUUACCUGGAAAAGUUGGGACCGACUGGGAAGGUGGAUUCUAUCCUGUAGCAAUUCACUUUACUGAAGAUUAUCCCAGCAAGCCUCCUAAGUGCAAAUUCCCACAGGGUUUCUUCCACCCCAACGUGUAUCCUUCAGGCACAGUUUGCCUCUCCAUCCUGAAUGAAGAUUCGGGUUGGAGACCAGCUAUCACCGUGAAGCAGAUCCUCGUCGGUAUCCAGGAGCUGCUCGACGCUCCAAACCCAGCAGAUCCCGCUCAGACUGAAGCUUAUCAGCUUUUUAUUCAGGAUCCAGUUGAAUACAAGCGACGAGUAAGGCAGCAAGCCAAGCAAUACCCACCACCAAUCUAAAGGCACCAGGGAUGGUUUUUGAUGUCAGUGCAAUGUUUUUAUUUUAUUUUAUUUUAUUUAUUUAUUUUUCUUUUUCCUUAGUGAUUUGUGAACAGAUCAUCUUCAAAAGAGGCUCGGAGUUGCUGUUUUUGGGAUUGGCAAGGUGCCGAUGUUGCAAUUCCUGAACCUCCGAAACUGGCAAUAUCAAAUGGCACUGCAAAUGCGUGUGCUUGCAAGUAGCAGCUGGGCAGAGCUGUGGAGGUCAUGGUGAAGUCAGUUACAAGUCAGAACAUUAAAAUCAAGACUAAUCUGUAGAUGCUUUCAUGUGAUAGCAAAUACUUUCAUGAUUUCCAAUCCAUUAGAACCGAUUUUUAUUUCUUUGUUCCAAUCAGAAUCGAUGGAUUAUAUUUCUAUUAUUUGUUCCACAAUUAUUUAUUUUA